AAUGCACCCAAUAGCUGGUUGCUAACAGCCGGAAAAACCAAGAAGACGUGGUGUCAGUUUGUGCGUAGUUUUGCUCAAAAUAUUAUAAAUAUGUCAAAUACGAACGAAAAUUCAGAAACGACUGUUCCGUGUGUGGUCAUUACAAGCUGCGACAGUACGUUUAAGGAAGAAACCCUGAUAAAACAAAUCCUCUGUUCCAACACUUUGCCUGAGCCAACCAGGCAGGGGGAAGCGGUCGCCUUUUAUCCCUGGACCAUCAACAAUAAAUAUUACACGGCUGAUGUCAGACUCUGUGUUGUGCCAAGCACAUUUCAAGUGUCAUCAGAGAUUGCACAGACCAUGCAAGCUUUCAUCGGAUAUUUUGACAGUACAGUGAAAGAUGGGCUGGAAAAGCUGAAUCCUUGGAUAUCAGUGGUGGAAGAUAUUGCUCCAGAGGUGCUCAUUCUUGUGUGCGACAGAGUCUGUGAGAAUGGGGUCACAAGACAUGCAGCACAACAGUGGUGUUUGGCUCAUGCCUUUGAGUUGGUGGAGCUGAAUCCACAGGAUUUGCCAGAUGAAGAUGAUGACUUUCCAGAGUCAACGGGAGUAAAGAGAAUUCUUCAGGCUCUCAAUGCCAACGUUUGGUCCAGUGUGGAGAUGAAAGAUGGGCACAAUCAGGGCUUUGGCCUGAUGAGUAGCUUGGUGGGCUCCAGACACAAAACGCGCAUUUCCCAGGAUGCACCACCUUCUGGUGUGCCAGUAGAGGGCGCACUUGUCAGUGAAGCUGUGACCCACACAGAGCGCGAGGCAAACACAGAGACCCAGGAAAACGCAGUAGUUGAUCCAGUGACUGAUUUAGACAUUCAGGAACUUGCUAACCUCACAGCUGGAGAUGCAGAUGUAGAUCAUUUUGAGCGCCUCUUCACCAAAUUAAAAGAGAUGAAAGACAAAGCUUCAUCGCUACCUCAUGAGCAAAGAAAGGUUCAUGCAGAGAAGGUGGCAAAAGCUUUUUGGAUGGCCAUCGGUGGGGAUGAAGACGAGAUAGACGGGUUGUCGUCGGGUGAGGAGAGUUAACCUGUAAUGACUGACUGAGCCAUUCUUACUUCUGAAUAUCAAAACAUUUCCCUGGGGUAUCAUCAUGACCCAGCACUCUUUGACCUGUUGCUCCAACUUGAAAAGACAAGGUUAUCAAAUGUUGCUGUAAGUAGUACAGUGUUAAACAUCUGGCUUCUUCAGUGAAGUGACUGAAAUCCUGUAUUUUAGUAUUGUUACUGAUUGGAGUAGAGGGCCAAUAGAUCACCAUGACUUCUCUUCUGAGUUACACUUUAAAGCAAAUGUUUGAGGGUGAUGAAGAUGGGGAAAGAAACUUACAAUUUAUUGUGUGAGGUUUGACUUUAAACAUUUGUGUAUCCUUCUGGUACAAGUUGUCUCACUUUUUUUUAAGUGGCAUAAUGUGCCUUAUCCUGAAAGUUGCAAGAUAUGUAAUGCAAGUUCUAGUCCUUAACAUAAAGACUUAAAGCACCUUU